AUGAGUACUUCUAAUUUACUCAAUCAAGACUUUGAUGCCGAUGAAGACGACCAGGAUUUCGACGCUGGCCACCUAGACCAAGAUGCUGAGGGUGAGCCUGAUAAUGAGGCUCCACCCGCUGGGGGCCAACCAGACGACGAUGAGGAGGAUGAUGAUGAGGACGAGGACGAUGAGGACGACGAGGAUGACGAUGACGAUGACCUGGUAAGUUGUCGAAGGCGCCACUCGGGCGCUCCCCCGAUCGGUUUCUCUUUAGGCGGGCAAUUGACUUUGGGUAAAAACUUGCUCAUACAUGCCCGACCUUUGACAGCCACAACGCAAGCGCGCUCGUAGACCACCUCGCAAUCAGUUCCUGGACAUUGAAGCCGAUGUUUCCGACGAAGACGAAGAGGAUCCCGAUGAGGACGAAGAAGAUGGUGCGGAAGCAGGCUUUAUCGCUGACGAUGCUGAUCGCCCGGAGUUGAGCGACCUCCGCCAGUACCCUCGCGACGACCAUCGCCAUCGUGAGCUCGAUCGUAAACAUGAGGCUGAGCAAGCAGAGGACAUGGAGCAAAUCGCCGCCGGGUUUAAAGAACGUCAUGGUAGAUCGGCCCGGAGACGGAUGGAGGAUUCGCAGGUGGUUCCAAGAAGGCUCUUGCUACCAUCCGUUAAUGAUCCGAGCAUUUGGGGCGUCAAGUGUAAGCCCGGAAAGGAGAGAGAAAUCAUUUUCUCAAUCCUUAGGAAGCAAGAGGAACUAGCCAACACGAAAGCUCCUCUACAAAUCACCUCCGCAUUUGAACGUGGUAAUACCAUGCCCGGGUAUAUCUACGUCGAAGCAAAGAAGCAAGCGGACGUUAUGCAUGCUCUCCAGGGUGUUUCUUUUGUCUAUCCUAUGACGAAGAUGAUUCUUGUUCCUAUUAAAGAGAUGCCAGACCUUCUUUUUGUUAUGAAGAAAGCCGAGAUCACUCCAGGAACAUGGGUCCGUUUUAAACGUGGAAAAUACCAAGGCGAUCUCGCCCAAGUUGAAAAUGUCCUAGCUAGCGGCCUCGAAGUUAAGAUCAGGAUGGUGCCUAGGUUGGACUACGGCAACGGCGCUGAUAUCGACGACCCGAACGGUAACAAGCGAAAGCGCAAUCCCUUUGGAAAGAGUGGAUCACUUGCCGGACGCCCCCCACAGCGAUUAUUCUCCGAAGUCGAAGCCAGAAAGAACCAUGCAAAGUAUUUGUCACAAUCAACACAGGGAUUGAAGAAGGUCUUCACCUAUCUCGGAGACGAAUAUGAAGACGGAUACUACAUCAAGGACGUCAAACUGAACCUCAUUCAAACCGAAAAUGUUAAUCCAACCCUGGAAGAAGUUUCUAAAUUUGCAUCUGGAGGAGAUGAUGGCACCGAGAGCUUGGAUCUCCAUGCGUUGGCUCAGUCGCUGAAGAAGACUGUUUCUACGUAUCAAGUCGGUGAUACUGUCGAGGUUUAUGAUGGCGAGCAGAACGGUCUUGUCGGGAAAGCUGUUAGUGUUCACGGCGACAUUGUCACAUUAGACGUGUUGGAAGGCCCAUUAAAGGGAAAGCGCACCGAAGUUCCGUUCAAAGGAUUGAGGAAGCGAUUCAAUCCGGGAGAUCACGUUAAGGUUACCGGAGGAAGCAGAUUUCGAGACGAAGUUGGAAUGGUGUUGAGGAUCAAUGAGGACAGGGUCACUCUUAUUAGCGAUGUUGGCAUGACCGAGAUUACCGUUUUCUCCAAGGAUUUGAGGGAAGCCAGUGAAUCUGGAGGCAUGGAGACUGGUGGGAAAUACGAUCUCCACGAUUUGGUACAACUUGAGUAUGUAUCCAUGGUAUGCGUGGGCUUUGAUCGAGCUCUCCGUUGACAAUUGAUCCUAGUGCUACCACCGUCGCCUGCGUUACCAAAGUCGACAGGGAGUCAGUUAGAAUCAUCGAUCAACAUGGCAACAUCAGAACAAUCAUGCCAUCUCAGAUUUCCAGCAAACUCUCAAACCGUCGCCCUGGCGUAGCCACAGAUCGAAACGGUUCUGAGAUCCGCGUUGGUGAUACAGUCAAGGAAACUGGCGGAGAGACCCGAUCUGGUGUCAUCUUGCACAUCUUUAGAUCUUUCGCCUUCCUUCACAAUCGUGAAGAGACUUCGAAUGCUGGUGUUUUCGUCUGCAGGACUAACAAUGUCGCUACCAUCGCUGCCAAGGGGGGCAGAAUUACGAAUAGCCAAUCUACUGGGCCAGAUCUUACCAAGAUGAAUCCCGCUAUGCAACGCAAUGGAAGAUCCCCGGAUACUUCUGCCAUGCCGCCUCCACGCACCGGUGGAAGAGACAAAACCAUUGGACAGACGGUUACUAUUAGACAGGGACCGUACAAGGGACUUGUCGGGAUUGUCAAGGAUGCGACCGACGCUACGGCGAGGGUAGAGUUGCACACCAAGAACAAAAUUGUCACAAUCGAGAAGGCGAAGUUGGGUUUUAAAGAGUAAGUUUUCCAUAUUCCCUUUCCCCGUCGUCUGCGGCGUUACUAAUUGGAAAUCGAUACAGCCUUCACACUGGUACUAUUAAGUCUUACCAAGAUUUUAUGCGCCCCGGUGGCCGCGGGGAUGGAGGGGGGUAUGGUAGAACACCUUCGAUAUCCUCGGAUAGGGCCUCUUCGUGGAGCGGCAGUAGAACUCCCCAGUCCGGCUUUUCGGGAUCGCGUACACCAGCAUACAAUCUUGGCAACAAGACUCCUGCCUGGUUGAGUUCUAAUGAUGGCAGUCGUACACCCGGAUACUUUGCAGGUAGCAAGACGCCUGCGUAUGGUAUGGACGGUAGUAGAUCUUCCUAUGCUGGAAACAAAACUCCUACGUAAGUAAUCCUCUCCCAUCUGCUUUACAAUAUCUAACAAUUACAAUAGUUGGAACCCCUCCUCCCGUACUCCCUAUGCCCCAGACACCGAUCGUAACACUUGGGAUGCCGGCUCUAAAACUCCCGGCCGCCCUAAUCUCGAUUCCUUCAUGGACUCGAGCUCCACCUCCGCAAACCCCUCUAACAACUCCUCUUACUCUGCCCGCACUCCCGGUGCCUCUUACAACGCGAGCUCUCCAGAUUUCAUUCCACCCUCCUACAGCAGUAAAGAGUUCUCUGCACCCACCCCCGGGGGCCCUAUUUCCGCACCUACCCCCAGUGGCGCCAUGUCCGCACCCACCCCCGGUCCGAUCUCUGCCCCAACCCCCAGAGACGCUUACGGUGGAGCCUGGGGCGGUCCAGAGACUGCUUCCACUCCUGCUCCAUACGGUGCUGCUCCUACCCCCGGUGCUAGUGGAAGUUAUGGCGGCGGAGGUGGUGGUGGCAGUGGGUCCAGAGAUCCCAGAGGCGGCUAUUACCAGGGUGCCCCAACACCCGCAGCCGGGUACGGAAAUCCCAGAACUCCAGGUGUCUGGGCUGGUGGCGACGAUGAUGAGAUUCGAUAUGCAGAGCCAGUGACGCCUUAG